AUGUUUUUUCGAAAUUUAUUUCGUAAAAAACAUUCUAUUAUUAAUGAUUUAAAUACUCCACUUUUACGAUGUUUAAAUUUAUUUGAUUUAAUAUUUUUAUCUGUAAGUGGAAUGGUUGGAUCGGGUAUUUAUGUUUUGACUGGAGUUGUUGCCAAAACACAAACUGGACCAGCAAUUAUUAUUUCGAAUUUAUUAGCUGGUUUAGCUUGUCUAUUUGGUGCUCUUUGUUAUGCUGAAUUUGCUGCUCGAAUUCCAAGAGCUGGUUCAUCAUAUAUAUUUAUUUAUGAAUCAGUUGGUGAAAUACUUGCAUUUCUUGUGGGAUUUACAUCGAUUGUUGGUGGAUUGGCUAGUUUAGGUGUUAGUGCUCGAGUAUGGUCGGCAUAUUUUGAUACUUUAUUCAAUAAUAAAAUUCAUUCUUUUAUUAUUAAAUAUAUUAUUUAUUGGCCAAAUGCUCCAGCACCAUUUGCUAAAUAUCCUGAUCUAUUAGCUUUUAGUAUAACUAUAUUAAUUAUUUUAGCUAUGCUUGCUGGUUUACGAAAUUCAAAAUAUUUAACAAAUAGUUUAACUAUUGUGAAUAUGUCUGCUCUAGUUUUUAUUGGUAUAACUGGAUUUAUUCUUGGUGAUAUACAUAAUUAUCAAUCGUUUAUGCCAUUUGGAGUACAAAGUAUUUUUCGUGGUAGUUCUUUAUUACUUUAUUCUUAUAUUGGAUUUGAAAUGGCAACUAUUGCUAUAGAAGAAGCAAAAAAUCCAUCGAAAAUAGUUCCACAAGCUACUGUUAUAUCACUUCUUAUUGUUACAUUACUUUAUUCAUUAGUUGGAGCAUCAUUAACAUAUUUAAUUUCAUAUAAAGAUAUUAAUAGUGAAUCAUCAUUUGCACAUGCAUAUGGAUUAUCAAAAUGGCCAUGGGCACGUUAUUUAAUUUCAAUAGCUAUUGUGUUUAGUGCUGGUGGAAAUUUACUUUCUGGUACAUAUGGAAAUAUUCGUGUAAUGUAUGCUAUGUCUACAGAUGGAUUAUUACCAUCGAAAUUAAGUUAUGUAAGUGAAGGACGACAUGUUCCAGUUAUAGCAACGUGUUUAACUUGUGUUACUAUUGCACUUCUUGGUACAUUUUUUGAUAUAAAAGAUUUAAUUGGUUUUGCUGAUAUUUCUGCAUUACUUAGUUAUACGGGUGUAUCUAUUGGUUUACUUAUCGAACGAUAUAAUCAUCAUAUACCCUAUCGAAUUUUAUUGACUAAUGAAAACGAACAAGAAGAAUGUGAAAUGUUUGAAUUAGAUGAUGAAAAAGAUGACAUUCAAGAUGUUGAAUUAAAUAAUAUAUUAGAACAAGAUCCACUUUUAACACGAAUAACACGUUCAUUGUGUUGUUCAUAUAUAUCAUUAAUUGAUUUAUAUUUAUCUCCGAAAAUCUCAGCAAUUAUAUUACUUUUAAUAUUUAUUCCAAAUACAUCUCUUUUAGCUAUGAUGAUUAUUUAUUUAUAUAAUCGAAAUAAUUUAUUACAUAUGGUACUAAUUAUCAUAUGUAUAUUUAUUAAUUUAACAAUAACACUUAUUUUUUGUUUAUUACGUCCAAAAAAAUCUACAGAAAAUCUUCUUUUUACAUGUCCUGGAGUUCCAUUAAUACCAUUAAUUAAUAUAAAUAUUUUUAUUUUUCUUAUGAUUUUUCAAGAUACUCAUGAUUGGUUUGCAUAUAUGUGUAUUAUUCUUAUAUCUCUUCUAAUAUAUUUUUCAUAUAGUUAUUGGCAUAGUAAAGCACGUUGA